AUGCCAGGACAUUAUAUUAAUGGAUAUCUUAUGCAAAUAAAAUUUUCAUUAAUGAUAAAAUAUCUUUUAAUUGGUAUUUCAUUAAAAUUAUAUAGUGAUUAUGAAUAUCAUAUGAUUUACUGGUAUAUUUCUAUUUUAUUUAGUAUGUCAUAUGAACACUUAAAUGAAUUUAGAAUACAAUUAGAUAUGGAUAGAAGAAUGUAUUCAAUAUCAAAAAAAUCAAAAAAUAUCAAACCAUCAAAACUAACACCAAAUAUGGAACAAUUAACUAUUUUAUUAUAUAAAACAUUAAUCAGUGGAAUUACUAAAUUACUUUUAGCAUUAAAUAAAAUGAAUAUUAUCAAAUCACCAGAAUUUUUACUUGGUAAUAAUAAAUAUCGUUAUGAACUUAGAUUUUCUGCAUUUGAAAAAUGUCAUACACCACAAUAUAUUCCAUUUGAAAAAUAUGAAGAACAACGUAAUAAUAACAUUCAACCAGGAUUAAUUAUUAUUGAUUCUGUUAAUGAACUGAAAAAAUGUAAAGAAAUUAUUGAAGAAAUUAAAUUAAAUAAUAAAAAUAAUUAUCUUCCUAACGAAAUGGUUGGAAUGUUAUAUAAAAUAUCAAUGUCUAAUAUGUUGACUGCAAUGAAAUUAAUGAAAAUUCAUCCUACUUCAACAACAAAAGCAGUAUUUUCAUUUGAUGAUAUUGAAUAUCUUCCAAUAAUUUCUAUUAAGGAUAAUUAA